AUGAGCCUUGACAGAUUACCGUCAUUUACUCUGCCUCCUCCUGGCCAGGCCCAUUCCUCCGGCACUUCGUCCCCGCGUCUGAGCUCCUUUGCCUCUCACAACGGCUCGCAGUCCUCAUUCACCUCGGCCGCCUCCUCCAACGGUCCCAAGACGCCAUCGCCCACUCUGCCGCUCAACGCCAUCACCGGCCCGCCCACAUCAAUUGUCCGUUACGACGCCAUGAAUCACCCGCCCGACCUGUACUAUGCCCAGCACCUCUCGGCUGGCCAGCCGCCUGCUCCUCAGACGGUCACCUCGGGCGCCAUGGGCCACUAUCACCAGCAGCCGCCUCCCAUGUUGCAGUCCCAUGCUCAGUACACCAAUCCCGCGCCCUACCAGUAUGGCUACGCCAAUGGCCUGACCUCGCCGCCCUCCGCACCCCCCUCAGUUUCCAACGGCAUGGCUGCCCCGCAAAAUGUUUUGCCUCUGCCCGGUGGCGGCGUCCCCAGCCAAAACUCCAUGCAGCAACCCUACGCUCACUUUGACAACACCGGCCAGCAGCCCCCGCCCGGUAUGAAGCCUCGCGUAACUGCUACGUUGUGGGAAGAUGAGGGCAGUCUCUGCUUCCAGGUCGAGGCCCGUGGCAUCUGCGUUGCCCGUCGCGAAGAUAACCACAUGAUCAAUGGCACAAAGCUGCUAAACGUCGCUGGCAUGACCCGUGGCCGCCGUGACGGAAUUCUCAAGAGCGAAAAGACCCGUCAUGUGGUAAAAAUAGGUCCCAUGCAUCUCAAGGGAGUCUGGAUUCCCUAUGAUCGAGCUCUCGAGUUUGCCAACAAGGAAAAGAUUACCGAGCUUCUUUACCCUCUUUUUGUUCAGAACAUUGGCUCUCUGCUCUACCACCCCACAAACCAAACCCGCACAAACCAGGUCAUGGCCGCCGCCGACCGCCGCAAGCAGGAUCAAGGCCAACAGAUGCGCUCCAACUCCACCAGCCAUGGUCUGCCUUCCAUUCACCAUCAGCAGCAGCCCGCCAUGGCUCAGGUUCCUGGUCCCCAGACCACCCUGCCCUCUCACAGCUCCCUCGCACGUCCGGGCCUGGAGCGUGCACACACCUUUCCUACGCCCCCGACUAGUGCCUCCAGUGUCAUCAACGGAAUGGGCGCUUCGGAAAGCUUCAACUGGCAGGGCCACGGCAUGAACGGCCAGCAGGCCACCACUCCGCCCGGCUCCACCCUCCAGUCACUCCAGUCGUACCCCUCCAGCGCUCAUGGCGGCUAUGACAAUCAGCGCCAGAUGUACAAUGCUCCGUCGUCGCAGCAGUCUCCCUACCAGAGCGCUAGCAAUUCUUCUCAGGACCGUCUGUACGGUCAGGCUGCCAAACCCAAUGGUGUCAUGCCUUCCGACCAGUCUGCUCACCAGCAGCCCGGCGAGGAGGAGGGUGAACACGAGCAGGAUCCCGAGUAUACCCACGAUAGUGGCGCCUAUGAUCCCACCCGCGGUUCCUACAACUACAACGCCCCUGGCGGCAUGCAAAACGAUAACAACAACAUGCCCCCUGAGAUGACGGGCUCCCCUAACCAUCCUCCUGCCUCUGGUCGUGCCACCCCUAGAACUGCCGCGCAGCCUCAGUCAUACUAUCAGCACACUGGCUACAAUACACCUCCUCGCGUGCAACAGUCGAGCAAUCUCUACAGCGUCAUGAGCAACGACCGCCCCGCCACCAACGGCGGUUCGACCGGUGACGUCUACGCCCCUGCCGGGGAGAUGCCUGGUUCCAUGAACAACGGCUACGCUCCCCGCGCUCCUCUUCUCAACGGGGCUGGUGCCGGUGUCAAGCGCGGACGUGACGACGACGAGGCCAACAACGCUGGUGGUGUCGACCUCAAGCGCCGCAAGACCAUGAUGGAGACGAGUGUCCCUGCUCCCGUCUACGACGCCAUGAACCAGUCUGCCUCUGCCGUCGGUGCUCCUCCCCGACGAUGA